GAUAUAUUCAUGGUUGGUUUUAUAAUGGCAAUUGACAGGGCCUGAAGCCAUGGAAUGUGCAAAAGGUCGCCAAUUGCACUUUCUUGCAAAUGUUGAUCCUACCAAUGUUGUGAGAAAUACAAAGGGUUUAAAACCUGAGACCACUCUAGUUGUGGUGGUUUCAAAAACAUUUACGACACCUGAAAGUAUGUUGAAUGCUCGGACAAUGAGGGAAUGGAUUUCUUUUGCUCUUGGGUUGGGGCAUCAUAAGACUACUUAUUUAAUGAUAUACCAUCAGUCGCUGUUACAAGUGCUGGUAGAAUUCAGCUGACUUAUUUUUGGAAUUAGUUUUUUGCAAAAGGGCCCUGGGUAAUGUAAGGAUACAAAAUAAUAAUAAUAAUAAUAAUAAUAAUAAUAAUAAUAAUAAUAAAAAUAAAAUAUAGAGCAAGAAAGCAAUGCAUGCUAAGAAUGGAAGGGAUGUUGUCUUUUCAGAUGUGUUUGGAAUCAUACACAACUUUCAACUGAUCAGUCUAAUUCAAAAAUUAACUGAAGUAGAGGGUUCAAUUCUGUUUGACUGUUGAAACAAUAUAGAAUAAAUGGAAUACAUCUAGAUGUUUCCUUUUCAUAUUUAGAUGAACGUGGAACUAAUGGCCAACACAACUUUUAUCCGCUAAUUCACCAGGUAACCUGUAUGUUAUGUUGCAUAGGGCAUUAUCAAAUGGCCAACUAAAGUGUGGGAUUGUUGUAGUCUUUCAUAAUUUAAUUUCAUGUGUGGGAAACUAAGAUUUUCUGCAAUCUACACGGUGUUGUAUGCUAUAAACAUCUCAACGUGUCAUCUUGAAAUCUUCAGGGACGUGUAAUUCCUUGUGAUUUUAUUGGUAGUGCUAAGAGCCAGCAGCCUCUCCACCUUAAAGGUGAGAUGGUGGGUAACCAUGAUGAACUCAUGUCCAACUUUUUUGCACAGCCUGAUGCCCUUGCAUUUGGGAAGACACCAGAAUGGUUGCAAAAGGAGAAUGUUCCACGCCAUCUCAUUCCUCAUAAGACAUUCUCUGGUAAUCGGCCUUCUCUCAUUCUUCUCCUUCCGGCAUUGAAUGCUUAUAAUAUUGGGCAGCUGUUGGCAAUCUAUGAACACAGGAUUGCUGUGGAAGGUUUUAUCUGGGGCAUCAAUUCAAUUGACCAGUGGGGUGUGGAAUUAGGAAAGUCUCUAGCUACUCAAGUCAGGAGGCAGCUUAAUGCAUCACGUACAAAAGGAGAACCUAUUCAGGGCUUCAAUUUCAGUACUACCACAUUGAUAACUAGGUACCCAGAGGAAACUCAUGCUGCACCUGUUGAUCCACUUGUUUCCCUUCUUCCACCGAUGUAACCAUUUUCGAUAGUCUGGCUGGAUGUAUCAGCCUUUCUGGGUUUUAUCUUUUUACACAGAUCUUCAUCUGCUACUCCAUGUCUGCAAUUUUCCUCAUGUGUUACUUAUUAGUGGGGUUACAAAAGAAUGGAUUGGACCAUGUUGUAAAGUUGCUGCAGAUAAUCCUUAAGACACAUAUGUAGUAUCGAUUGUGUUAAGCAAUAAAAUCAUGAUUUCACA